UGCAUUAAAUAAACGAACACGUAAUUCCGCGAAAACAAAAACAAAAACAAAACUCCACGGGGGGCGUCAAUGAGCUUCACCCGAGAUUCAACUCCAACGUCUGAAACCCGCAUCAUCGAGGUAGAUCUGAGAGUAGUGAUCAUCCAAAAUCGAAAAUGAUUGUUGCAGAUGGAAUCGACGAUGAAGAGAAGUGGCUGGCGGAGGGCAUCGCCGGCGUUCAACAUCACGCUUUCUUCAUGCACCGCGCCCUCGACGACAACAAUCUCAGGGACGCUUUAAAAUACUCCUCGCUAAUGCUUUCCGAGCUUCGAACUUCGAGGCUCUCUCCUCACAAAUACUAUGAACUGUAUAUGAGAGCGUUCGACGAGCUUAGGAGGUUGGAGUUGUUCUUCAAAGACGAGAGCAGGCAUGGCGUUUCCAUUUUUGAUCUCUACGAGCUUGUUCAGCACGCUGGAAAUGUAUUGCCUAGAUUGUAUCUCCUUUGCACAGUGGGGUCAGUGUACCUCAGGUGUAAGGAUGCUCCUGUGAAGGAUGUUCUUAAGGAUCUGGUGGAAAUGUGUCGUGCGGUUCAGCACCCAAUUCGCGGCCUGUUUUUGAGGAGUUACCUUGCUCAAAUCAGCAAGGAUAAAUUACCUGAUAUUGGCUCUGAAUAUGAUGGAGAAGGGGAUUCGGGCAAUGUCAUGGAUGCUGUUGAAUUUAUCCUACAAAAUUUCAUGGAAAUGAAUAAGCUUUGGGUUCGAUUGCAACAUCAGGGACCUGGUCGGAUAAGAGACAAGAGGGAGAAAGAAAGAAAUGAGCUUCGCGAUCUUGUUGGAAAGAAUCUUCACAUUCUCAGUCAGAUAGAGGGUGUGGACCUUGAAAUGUACAAAGACACUGUCCUUCCGAGUGUCUUAGAGCAGGUUGUCAAUUGUAAAGAUGAGCUUGCCCAAUUUUACCUCAUGGAGUGCCUAAUCCAAGUUUUCCCAGAUGAGUACCACUUGCAGACUCUUGAGACACUUCUUGGUGCUUACCCCCAACUGCAGUCAACAGUAGACAUCAAGACCAUAUUAUCUCAGUUAAUGGACAGGUUAUCAAAUUAUGCUGCUUCAAAUGCUGAAGUGCUGCCCGAAUUUCUGCAAGUGGAAGCUUUUACCAAACUAAGCACGGCAAUAGGCAGGGUGAUAGAAGCACAGGCUGACAUACCUAUUGUUGGAGCAAUAUCUUUGCAUGUCUCUCUUCUGACAUUCACUCUCCGUGUUCAUCCUGAUCGGCUUGAUUAUGUGGACCAAGUGCUGGGAUCAUGUGUCAAGAAGCUUUCUGGAAAACCAAAGCUUGAUAAUAGAGCAACGAAGCAAGUUGUUGCACUUUUAAGUGCUCCACUGGAUAAAUACAAUGAUAUUGUGACAGCCCUUAGACUUUCUAAUUAUCCGCGUGUAAUGGAUCAUCUUGAUAACCAAACAAAUAAAGUGAUGGCUAUGCUUAUUAUCCAAAGUAUUAUGAAGAAUAACACUCUCAUAUCUACUGCUGAUAAGGUUGAAGUUUUAUUUGAAUUAAUAAAAGGGCUUAUUACAGAUUUGGAUGCCACAACUGUGGAUGAGGUUGAUGAAGAGGAUUUCAGUGAAGAACAAAAUUCUGUUGCUCGGCUCAUACACAUGCUUCAUAACAAUGAUCCAGAGGAAAUGUUUAAGAUACUAUGUAGUGUAAAGAAGCACAUUAUGAGAGGAGGACCAAGACGUUUACCUUUCACAGUUCCUUCCCUUAUUUUUUCUGCACUUAGGUUGGUCAGGCAAUUACAAGGACAAGAUGGAGAUGUUGUGGGUGAAGAAGUUCCAACGACACCAAAAAAGAUAUUUCAGCUUUUAAAUGAGAUCAUUGAAGCCCUUUCUUCUGUAUCAUCUCCCGAACUGGCCUUGAGAUUGUACCUGCAAUGUGCUGAGGCUGCUAAUGACUGUGACCUUGAGCCUGUUGCAUAUGAGUUUUUCACCGAAGCAUUUGUGUUAUAUGAAGAAGAAAUUGCAGACUCUAAAGCCCAGGUAACUGCAAUACAUCUUAUUAUUGGGACACUUCAGAGGAUGAACGUCUUUGGAGUCGAGAACAGGGAUACGUUAACUCAUAAGGCCACAGGGUAUUCGGCAAAGCUUUUGAAGAAACCUGAUCAGUGCCGAGCAGUUUAUGCGUGCUCACAUCUCUUCUGGGUCGAUGAUCAAGAUGGUAUUAAAGAUGGAGAGAGGGUAUUGCUUUGCCUUAAGCGUGCAUUGAGGAUCGCAAAUGCUGCGCAGCAAAUGGCCAAUGUAGCAAGGGGUAGCAGUGGUCCAGUAACGCUAUUUGUUGAAAUACUAAACAAGUACAUAUACUAUUUUGAGAAAGGAAACCCACAAAUCACAAGUGCAACGAUUCAGGGGCUGAUAGAAUUAAUCACAACCGAGAUACAAGGUGAUUCUACAUCUGCUCUUCCAACUUCGGAUCCCUUCUUUACAAGCACAUUGCGGUACAUACAAUUCCAAAAGCAGAAAGGUGGUAUACUGGGUGAGAAAUAUGAAUCUAUCAAGAUCUGAAUCCCUUGGUUUUUCAAGAUGCACAUAUUGUGUAAGUAAUGCCAACAAACCAAGCAUGUAGUUUUAACAGUGUUUCAUCAUUAAAUUUGUUCGCAGUGAUGUAGUGAUGGCCAUUUGUUUCAUCACUUGUGCAUUAAAUUUGUUCGCAGUAGUGUCGUCAUUGCCAUUCUAAAGCAAAAUUGGCAUUUGCAGUUUAA